AUGCCCCAUAUCGCCAACACCCCCGAAUCCCUCCUCCCACGCACCGACUCCCUCGACCCAGCCACAACAUGUAAAGGCACGACCAACAACGGACGCCCCUGCCGCCGGCCCUUAAACAACAACUCGACCGAACCGCCCGCCAAGCUGGCGAAAUCCGACCCCUCGGCGCUCUUCUGCUGGCAACACAAAGACCAAGCCGAGGUGGUGCAGGAAGCCGUCGCCGCGGCCACAAACCCGUCAUACCAGAUGAAGCCGCGCAGCAGCAUCGACACGCUCAUGGAGCGUCUGGGGGUGAUGGAUCUGAACGGCACGAAUGAUGACGCCAAGAAACGCCGCCACCACUACAAGCAGCGCAAGAAGCAGAAGAAACGCACGAUCUGCUGCUGUUUCGAGGUCAUUGAUGAAGAGGACCUGCCGCCGCCGCCGAGACCCGUGUCGCAGUCCCAGCCUCAGGCUCAGCCGCAGAUGGCUCAGGUGUAUCGACCGGAUACGGCGCGCCGGAAAGAUCCGAUUAUGAAAUGGAUCCCGACGGCGCUGUCGGAGGAAACGACCACCGUGCUGGCGAGCGAGCUGGAGAAGCCGAUCUCCGACGCUGACGAGCCGGGAUACAUCUAUAUGUUCUGGAUGACGCCGACGGAGGACAAUAAUGGGAACGGCGGGACGACCUCGCGGUCUGGUCCGCCUACGCGCGAUAUCGCGUCGUCGCUGCUGCCGCCGCAGUCGGGUCGGCAUCAGAACCCGCGCCGGAUCAGCGAGGCGUUGCAGACGGCGCGGGAGCUGAAUACGCUGACGAGUAAUCCCUCGGGGGACAGUCCGGGGACGUUGCGGCUGAAGAUCGGGCGCGCGAAUAACGUGCAACGGCGGUUGAACGAGUGGUCGCGACAGUGCUCGCACGAACUGACGCUCAUUCGGUACUAUCCCUACACGCCGUCCACGCCGUCGCCGUCGCCGUCGCCGGCUCGACACGCGGGUGGACGACACUCGAGUGCCGGACUGCAGGCGGGACGAAAGGUGCCGCACGUGCAUCGCGUGGAGCGACUGAUCCAUCUGGAGCUGGGCGAUAUCAAGGCGCGAGAUCUGGGCAAGUGUCCGGACUGCGGUAAGGAGCACCGCGAGUGGUUCGAAGUGCCGGCGGACAAGGCAUCGCUCAAACGCGUGGACGACUGCAUACGCCGAUGGGUGGAAUGGGCCGAGAACCAUUGA